CGCCCCCAAGCUUUUGUCGACAGCUCAAAUUUCCUGGAAAUUGCACUGAGAUCUGGAUUCAAGAGAAAAUUUCUAUUUUCGGUCCAGGAUAGACCAAGAGGCUUUUGAAGAAAGGGCUGUGUUGAAAAAUCAUAUUCCCCCCCCCCCCACCCCCUCUUUUACUCUCCCACUAUUCCUCAUUCCUUUUCUCCAGUUCCCAGAGGCACCAACUGAUGGAGAGACAAAGGAGAGAGUCAGGAUAAGGACAAAAAUUAGAAAUUUGGAGAGAAGAGGAAAAAACUGUCAAGUCAAGAAAAUUGUAGUAGGACCCCUGUGAGGAUUACUUUACCCAGUUGAUCUUGAUAUCCCAGUUCAGUGAUAUAUAAUGCUCAUUGUUUACAUUUGAAAUCUGUUCGCCAGAGCGACGUUAGGCGUUACCUCUGGGGUGCGUUAGACCAUAAAGGCAUCAAGUAGAGAAGGGGAAACUUGGGAACUUUGAGCAUGACAAGGGGGUUAAGAUUCUUCUGUUGGCCCCUGUGGCCUGUGGCCUUCUUCAGCCUGCUCACUACGGUGAAGAUGCUGGAAUUUGGUGGGGCGCCUGGCCAGUGGGCGCGCUACGGACGCUGGGAAGCUGGAUCAGUGGGCGAGCUGAGCUUCAGUCUCAAGACCAACAUCAGCAAAGCCUUGGUACUCUAUCUGGACGACGGCGGCAACUGUGACUUCUUGGAGCUCCUCAUCGCUGGUGGGCGCCUCCAGCUGCGCUUUGCCAUCCACUGUGCCGAGCCGGCCACAGUGCACAUGGAGACACGGGUGAAUGACGACCGCUGGCACAUGGUCUUGCUCACCCGCAAUUUCCGUGAGACCCUCCUGAUGGUCGACGGUGAGACAAAAGUGGCUGAAGUCAAGUCCAAGAGGAAGGAGAUGGCAGUGGUCAGUGACCUGUUUGUGGGCGGCAUCCCACCUGAUGUGCGCCUCUCUGCGCUGACGUCGAGCACCGUGAAGUACGAGCCACCCUUCCAGGGCUUGAUUUCCAAUCUGAAGGUCGGGGAGAUGCCUCCUACUUUGUUAAAUAGCCAGGGCAUUCAGAGCGACCUGGAGUACCUCUGCACCAAACAGAACCCGUGCUUCAAUGGAGGGUUUUGCUCUAUUCAGUAUGGAGAAGUUCACUGUGACUGCACCCUCACCCGCUUCAAGGGGAAGUACUGCAAAGAAGCUGAAGAGUAUGCUGCCGAAGGUCUGGCGCACCUGACGUUAAACGACCAAGGCAAGGAAGAGUCGGUAGCCACCUUCAAGGGCAACGAGUUCUUCUGCUACGACCUGUCGCUGACGCCCAUCCAGAGCAGCACCGACGAGAUCACGCUUUCCUUCCGCACGCUGCAACGCAACGGCCUCAUGCUGCACACCGGCAAGUCGGCAGACUACGUGAACCUUUCCCUGAAGAGCGGCGCGGUUUGGCUGGUCAUCAACCUGGGCUCGGGGGCAUUUGAGGCCCUGGUGGAGCCCGUCAACGGCAAGUUCAACGACAACGCCUGGCAUGACGUGCGCGUCACCCGCAACCUGCGCCAGCACGCAGGCAUUGGACACGCUAUGGUGACCAUCUCAGUGGAUGGUAUAUUGACCACCACUGGUUACACCCAGGAAGAUUACACCAUGUUGGGUUCAGAUGACUUCUUCUACAUUGGAGGGAGCCCGAACACCGCCGACCUGCCCGGAUCACCAGUCAGCAACAACUUCAUGGGCUGCCUUAAAGAUGUGGUGUACAAGAACAACGACUUCAAGCUGGAGCUGUCGCGGCUGGCCAUCGAGCGCGACCCUAAAAUCACCCUGAAUGGUGACUUGGUGUUUCGCUGCGAGGACGUGGCGGCCCUGGACCCCGUCACCUUUGAGACCCCCGAGUCCUACAUCUCCCUGCCCAAGUGGAACACCAAGAAGACGGGAUCUAUCUCCUUCGACUUCCGCACUACGGAGCCCAGUGGGCUCCUGCUGUUCAGCCACGGCCGUCCUCAGGGUCCAAAAAGAAAAAGGUUGGGAAGAAUUUUUUGGGGGGGGGGGGGGUUUUUUCUCAUCAAAAAGGGGGGGAGGGAUAUGGGAUCUGGGAAAACAAAGCUGAAGGCCAGCAACAAGAAGGUCAAUGAUGGGGAAUGGUGCCAUGUGGAUUUCCAGAGGGAAGGGAGGAAAGGAUCUAUCUCAGUUAACAGCCGCAGCAUGCCCUUCAGCUCCCCAGAGGGCAGUGAAAUCCUGGACCUGGACAGUGAUAUGUACCUAGGCGGGCUGCCCGAGUCUAAGUCGGACCUCAUCCUGCCGCCAGAGGUGUGGACGGCGCUGCUUAACUACGGCUACGUGGGCUGCGUCCGCGACCUCUUCAUUGAUGGCAAGAGCCGCGAUGUCCGGCGCCUGGCUGAGAUCCAGAGCGCGUUCGGUGUCAGCAGCUUCUGCACCCGGGAGCUGCAGAAGAGGUGCAGCAGCACCCCCUGUGGCAACGCAGGUCUAUGCAAAGAGGGCUGGAACCGCUACAUAUGCGAUUGCAUCGGCACCGGAUACCUGGGUACCAACUGUGAGAUAGAGGCGACGGUGCUGAGUUACGACGGCAGCAUGUACCUGAAGAUCAUCAUGCCGGUCACCAUGCACACGGAGGCCGAGGACGUGGCGCUGCGCUUCAUGUCCCAGCGGGCGUAUGGCCUGCUCAUGGCCACCACCUCCAAGGAGUCGGCGGACACCCUGCGACUGGAGCUGGACGGAGGCCGCGUCAAGCUCACCGUGAACCUCGAUUGUAUCAGGAUAGACUGUAGCCUGAGCAAAGGACCUGAGACGCUGUUCGCGGGGCAGAAGCUGAACGACAACGAGUGGCACAUGGUGAAGGUGGUGCGACGAGGCAAGAGCCUGCAGCUGUCUGUGGAUAAUGUCACAGUGGAAGGCCAGAUGACUGGUGCCCACACACGUCUCGAGUUCCACAACAUCGAGACGGGCAUCAUGACCGAGCGACGCUUCAUAUCUGUGGUGCCCUCACACUUCAUUGGCCACCUCCAGGGCCUGACCUUCAACGGGGUGCCCUACCUAGACCAGUGCAAAAAUGGGGACAUCUCCUACUGCGAACUGAACGCCCGCUUUGGCAUGCGUCACAUCAUUGCAGAUCCGGUGACAUUUCGAACGAAAGGAAGCUACUUAGCGCUAGCCACUUUGCAAGCUUACGCCUCCAUGCACCUCUUCUUUCAGUUUAAAACCACCACGCCGGACGGCCUGAUGCUCUUCAACUCUGGAGACGGGAGUGACUUUAUUGUCGUGGAACUGGUGAAGGGAUACGUCCACUACGUCUUCGAUCUCGGCAACGGGCCGUCGCUGAUGAAGGGCAACUCGGACAAGCCCCUCAAUGACAACCAGUGGCACAACGUGGUGGUGUCCCGGGACGCCAACAACGUACACACACUCAAGAUCGACUCACGCACCGUUACGCAGCACUCCAAUGGAGCCCGCAACCUGGACCUCAAAGGGGAGCUGUACAUCGGUGGCGUGACAAAGAACAUGUACAGCAAUUUGCCCAAGCUGAUUGCAUCCCGGGACGGGUACCAGGGCUGCCUGGCCUCCGUGGACCUGAACGGGAGACUCCCCGACCUGAUCGCAGAUGCCCUCCACAGGGUGGGCCAGGUGGAACGAGGCUGCGAUGGACCCAGUACCACCUGUACGGAGGAGUCUUGCUACCAUCAGGGGGUGUGUCUCCAGCAGUGGGAGGGCUUCACCUGCGACUGCACCAUGACGUCCUAUGGAGGUUCAUUUUGCAACGAUCCUGGGACAACUUACAUCUUCGGGAGAGGCGGAGCCCUCAUCACAUACACCUGGCCACCCAAUGACCGGCCGAGCACGCGGGCAGACCGGCUGGCAGUGGGCUUUAGCACGCAGCUGAAGGAGGCCAUUCUGGUCAGGGUGGAGAGUGCCAAAGGACUGGGAGAUUACCUGGAGCUGCACAUAGAGCGGGGAAAGAUCGGCGUGAUCUUCAACGUGGGAACGGACGACAUAAUCAUCGAGGAGAGCGCGGUGAUGGUGAGCGACGGCAAGUACCACGUGGUGCGAUUCACACGGAGCGGCGGCAACGCCACGCUACAGGUGGACAACCAGCCGGUCAUCGAACGUUUCCCCUCAGGGAACUUUGAUAAUGAGCGCCUGGCUAUUGCUAGACAAAGAAUCCCAUACCGACUUGGUCGGGUAGUUGACGAGUGGCUACUCGACAAAGGUCGCCAGUUGACCAUCUUCAACAGCCAGGCGUUCAUCAAAAUUGGUGGCGGUGGAGAUAAGGGGCGCCACUUCCAGGGCCAGAUCUCGGGCCUGUACUACAACGGCCUGCAGGUGCUCAAACUGGCGGCCGAGGGCGACCCCAACGUCCAGACCCAGGGCAACCUGCGGCUGGUGGGCGACGUGCCCUCGGUGCUCACUACCGACACCACCUCCACCACCCCGCUGGCCGACAUGUCCACCACCAUCAUGGAGACGACCACCACCAUGGCCACGACCACCACCCGCAAACAGCGCUCGCCCACCAUGAGGGACAGUGUCACGCAGAAUGCAGAUGACCUCUUGGUAGCAUCAGCUGAGUGUCCUAGCGAUGACGAAGAUUUGGAGGAGUGUGAGCCUGGAAAUGGAGGCGAAUUAGUGUUGCCCAUAAUAACCGUGGACUCCCUAGACCCCCCGUCCAUCGCCACCCGCUACCCGGUAAUCCCCUCGCCCCCCACCUCCUACCGCCCUUUCCUCACCUUGCUCGAAACCACCAAAGAGUCCCUCCCUUUGCCCGACGGCCGGCCCCCCUGCCCCCCGGACCAGGAGGACUGCGAGGAGGCCGUCGAGGUGUCCGCGUACGGCUCGGGGGAGAUGACCGAGUCGGACGACGAGGACUAUUACAAAAACUCCCCCCUGGUCACCGACAGGACUGUCCUCCCCCUCCCCCGGCCGCCGAGGGCGGCGUCCAGAACCCCGAGACCGCCAUUUCUCCCGCUCCCCCGACUCCCGCCGCCCUCCCCUCUCCUCCACCCCCACGGCCGACCCCGACCGGCUCGGCCCGCGCGUCGAGCCGGCCGGCGACGGCGACAGGAUCCCCGCCGGGAAAAUGAACACCCGGGACCGGGUGCUGCUGCCGCCGGCCCACCCCUCGUCGGACCCGGGCCGCCGCAGAGUCCCGGGAAUAACCUAUCCCCCCAAUUUCCCCCAUGUUCCCACUCCAGACCCCACGUCUCCCGAGAGAGGACUCCCCGGUGCCGUGGAGGUGCAGCAGUCCAGCAGCACCACGGGCAUGGUGGUGGGCAUCGUGGCGGCUGCCGCCCUCUGCAUCCUCAUCCUGCUGUACGCCAUGUACAAGUACCGCAACCGCGACGAGGGCUCCUACCAGGUGGACCAGAGCCGCAACUACAUCAGCAACUCGGCCACGCAGAGCAACGGCGCCCUGGUGAAAGAGAAACAGCCCGGCGCCGCCAAGACCGUCACCAAGAACAAGAAGAACAAAGACAAAGAGUACUACGUCUGAGGGGAUGGCGGACGCGCUCGGAGAAGGAAAGAGAGCGAGAGAGAAAAGGCGGCGCGGCAAACGCAAACAGAGGGUCGUUCCUUUAAAACUCAGUAUUGUCGGGUGGCCAUCGCCGCGAUCGAUUUGACUUCUCGUUUAACGUUAGCCGCGGUGCGGAUUUGACCGAAGGCCGUUACGCCUCGGAUGCCGACGGCCGCGGGUUGUUUGACGUCUCCUGGACCGUGGGAAAGCGCCGCCGUCGGCGUUCGCGUCGCGGUCUGCGCUUCGUUCCGAGGCGAGCUUAAGCCUUCGCCUUAGACCGUAUCGCCGUAUUAUUUUCCACCAGUUUCAAAUUAGCGACUAGACGUCCCUCUGUAAAAAAUCGAUAUACUGCCAGAAACAUUGUGUCAAACCCACCUCUGGAAGUGUUCCGCGUCUCUGAUCUUUCUCUCUCUCGCUCUCUCUCUCUCUUCCUCUCGUGCGCUCUGUUUCUCUCCUCGUCCGGUGCUAAAGCAGCUGACGCGACGUGAACUCUGCCGUGUUUCAAGCAUGUAGUAUUCAUUUACGAAAAAGAGAUAAAAACUGUUUUUCUUUCUGUGGAGUUUAAAAAAAACAAACAAAAAAAAUAUGACGACGCUCGACCGUCGUAACAACGUUUAACGUAGCGACUGUGUGAGCUGCCGCCGCUCCGACCUAAACGGACGCUGACCCGUGCGUUUAGCCGCCAAAAACUUGUCGAGGCCAAAACCCCCUCUGGUCGUCCUUUGUUCCAGCGGAUCUGUGUCGUGUUUCUGGGGUUUCGAGGCCCCCCCCCGGCAGGCCGGCAGAGAAACCGUGUCGCGUCCUUACGGUUACCGAUUAACCGAAAAACAGAAGAAAAAAAACUCCAGCGAACCGGACAAACUCUGUUCUAUAUAACUAUAAAUACAUGUAUAGACGUUGCGGAAAUCUACGGACCUAAAGCGAGAGCGCGCCGACGACGCGCGGCCUAGACGGACUUUAGGAUUUGUGACGUCGGAACCCCCGCUCCCCAGACUCCGCCCUCUCGUGAACGGUACGAGACUUUUUCUUUGCUCUUUUCUUUUUUCCUUUGAUUCUUUUCUCUGGAGGAAUGAGAGACAUUUUAGGGAUAUUCUGAAUUCAUUCUUGCUGGAGUUCCACUGUGGAGAGAGAGAGAGAGAGACGUACCUUGUGGCUGGAGCGGCGGCUGUGUCUCUCGGACCCCCCCACCCCCCCCUCCCACUGUCUCUCUCUCUAGCCUGACUGGACUGACGGCAGCCAAUGGGCGCAGCAAACUCUGUGGGAAGAGCACACGCGUAAGAGUUGAACGGCAGUUCCCUGGAAGAUGUACAACCGAACUCUAGUAUUCCAAUUUUCUCAACUCUAUUAAAAAAAAAACCAACAAAAAAAAAACUGUACCAUCAAAAGAAAAGAAAAAUCCUGAAAAAAGUUUGUGAAAUGUCUAAAUAUUUGACUCUCAUGCCAUUAUUAAGAGAAAUGUGUUUUCCCUACUAUCGUUCCUGUUUGGAGAAGAAAAAAAAUGUCAAUGAUUCUGGGAAACGGAAGGUUUCUAUGUAUUUCCUUUUGCUAAUUGAGCAAAUGUGAUUUGGGUUAUGAGCUUGAAACCGUACAUUCUCCUUUUAUUCCAUCCUCCAUCAGUUUUUUUUUUUUUUUGUCUGGCAUCUAUUCCUUUUUCUCUGUAUGUCUCCCAUAUCCUGUGAAGAAAGCAGGCUCUAUCCAUCCUCCGUUGUGUUUUUUUCCCCCCACCAAUUUGUUUUAUAUCUAUUUCUGUCUGUCUACGCGGCUAGAGACGAGAUCGCGGCCUCCGUCGAUUUAGUCUCUCGCCGCGUCCGUCUGGUUUCUCUCUUUCUCCGUUCCCGGCAUACUUCCCCCCCACUCCCUCCCCCCCAAUAUCUUCCUGUUCUUUCUAAAUGUUAUUGUAAAGUGUUCCAGUGCGAUGACUCUAAAUAUGUGUACAUUAACAGAGGGAAUACACUUGGUUAUAUACUUCUUA